AUGCCCCCACCCUCGAUACUCGAUGAGACAACGACACAGUUGCAUGAAAAUUGGAACUUGCAAACCGUCCUUCGGGGUGUCUCUAAAUUUUCGCUACGCCCCAUGAUUGGGUUCGAUGAGGUCCAGACGUGGUUGGAAAAGGAGAAGGAGGGACAUCACAUUAACGAGACACGAUAUCGAGAGUGUGUCAACAUUGAAAUCGCGAAUGGAGGUUUUCAUACCUCAUGGUAG